ACCACGUGUGUCGGGCUUCGCUCGCCGCUGCGUCGUUUGCGUCGGCGGGAACCAUGCGUGCUGUCGGGACCCAGAGUAUGUGCCUGCCCCUUACACUCAGGUCCUCUGGCUUCUCACCACUAACAGCUACGCGCGUCCCAUGGACAACUGAAGAUAACUCACGGCUUCCUCCCUGCCUUUCAAAGGAUGGCCACGCAAGCACCCAUCGUGAACAGUGACUCUGUCAGCAGUCCAGCGAGCAGCGCUGCCAAUGGCCCGACGUUGGCCACAAUUCCAGCAAGCACCAUUGCUGAUGCAACGAAUUCGGCCUCCACGCCGGUGACGAAUGUCGCCGGGGCCCCCACUGAAACGAGUGCUGCAGCGCCCAGUACUUCCGUUGCAACUGCUCCGAUUGUCUCCUCGAGCACAGAAACUACCAAUAGCACGACUCCUCCUAUAUCUACCUCGACCAGCACCGCAGAACAGACGAGCACUCCCAAUAAUGCAGCCGCCAGUACAACAUCGAGUGACGCACCGACUUCUGGCACAGGAGCCGUAACGGAAUCGACAACGCCUGGCAACAAUGUCUCACCCACUGCAGCACCCGACCAACCCGUUCCCUGUGUUCCACCACCUGCCUCCAAUGCGGGCUCCGUUACACCGAUAGCCAGCGGAAGCACAACAGGGACCACGGCACCUACAGCUGUUCCCUCCGCCCAGAAAACAACACCAGCAGUGGCGGGGCCAUUCAAGCCUAACCAGCCGAUACUCACCGCGACGCCCGUGACGCCAGCCACGAUCAACGAUGUGACCUGCACUAUCAACCUCCCCGAGGACGAACUCCGCGCGCCGUUCAGCCUGGAGCGCGCGAUCUGUGCAACGCAAGGCCCGACGGCGCUGAUCGCGCGCUCCCUCGGGCAGAAGCUGCAGCAGUUCUGGAACAACGGACAGCAAAUCACGUAUUCGUUCAUCUCGGGCGACGACGACAUCCGCAGCAAGGUGUCGGUAGUCGCGUUGCAUCUGCUGAAUUUCGUGAAUGUGACGUUUGUGCAGGUUCCGCAGGACGGCAUGGUGCGGAUUUCAUUCGACGAAAGUGUCGGCUCGUGGAGUUAUGUUGGCACUGCGUGCCUCAAGGUGCAGGCGCCGCGAGCGACGAUGAAUAUCAGCGCGCUUGAGGCAAGCCAGACGUUGGAGGUCCAGGAACAGAUGCUUGUUACGCAUCUCUUUCUCCAUGUUUUGGGGCUGUACCACGAACAUGCUGGCCCCAAGAAUGGCCCGACGUUGAACCCCGAGCUGGUUUACUCGUACUACAAGUACACCAUGGGCUGGGACCGCGCGCUUGUGCAGCGGCACAUCCUCGACGUGUACAACGCCACGAGCCUCACCAACUACGCGGCGCCGAACGCGGUGUCCAUCAUGCGAUACUUCAUGCCUGCGGGGCUAAACACGGACCCCAGCGUCGCCGGGCCGACUAUAUCUGAGGGGCAAAUAACCCCCGGCGACGUCGACACGAUGUACCUCACGCUCGUGUACCCGCCCGCUCCGCCGUGGGACCCGACCAUCCCGCAGACGAUGCUGCAGGAGCUCGGGGUGGACGCGGCAACAGUGGCAGCAUACCUCGCGGCGAGCGCGGCGGGGAAUGUGCAACAGAUGCGCGCGGUCGUGACGGCGUGGAUGGCCACCCAGCGCACCAUUGCGCUUUAG